GUUGGUGGCGUCUUCUGUCACAGAGCGCGCACCCGACGCAGUACGCAGAUCAGUGCCUGCUGAUCAAACCGGUUGCCCAAGGCGGAGGUCGCUCUAAGAAGUGUCUACACAUUUGAUUAUUAAUUCUGUCUAGUGUUUACACUAUGGGCGAUACUUACCAGUAUCCCGUUUACUUCGAGUGUCCAAGUUUGAACGGAGAACAAAGGAAGAGGACAGAAAACUACUUCCAAAUUCGCCGCAGAUCAGGAGGAGGAGACUGCGGCUUCAUAACAAACAUAAACGAUAAAGUUUAUAGCAUUGCUUUUAAAGAUCGGGAUGCUCAGCAAAGAGUCCUGCAGAAAUCUGAACAUGUGUUGGAGUUUGCAAGUGGCCCUCUGGUGCUGACUGUGCGAGGCAGCCCGGGACCUACAAGCAAACCAGUUAGCCCAAAACUGGACUUAACUUCGUCACAGCAAAGACAGCAGGCCAGUCUUACUUCAAGCCUAACAAGUGGUGAAGAAUAUAAACUACAACUUGAUUCUUACCUCCUUCGAUACCUAAAGGAAUGCCCUAAGGCAGAGAAAGAACUAGAGGAAGAACUCACCUCUGUGGCCUGCUCAGCCCAGCUUUACCCAGAAGAAGAGAGGGUUUUAGUCAGGAGUUUAGCUCAUCCUGGUGCUGUAGAUGAAAAUAGAAAUUGGAAAGCUGAGGUAGACAAACUCUUCGCUGGCUACCUGUGCCACUAUGAGAUGGACUCAAACAAAAUUAAAGCUUUGCUUCAGUCCUGCAGCUCUCCUCAGACCACAGAUGAGGUGAAGGUGUAUAGCGAGGUUGGCAUGGCUGUUGUGGUUGGGAAAUGUUCUGAGGUGAAGGCUAGGUUGAUCAAUGUAGAGGACUCACAUGUUAAACGAGGGUCACGUUUAGGUGAGAAGACAACCACUAUUCGUCGACUGGGAGAAGCCAAACUCCGUCUUCUCUGGAAAGAGAUUGAGCACAGUUUGGGACGGGAUUUUCCAGGUGUGAAGGUCAUGCAGGGAGAUUCAGGUCAGUUAGUUUUGGAAGGUUCUGUGGAGGAGAUUCUAAAGGCUGGAGAGUGGAUCACAGGUGAGGAAAAUUUGGUGUUAGAAAAGAAAGCUUCUGACUUGAGUCCACAUUUUUUGACGUUCCUAAGGCAGGCUUAUGGCGCACCAGGGGUGCUAUGUGACUUUUUAGGGGUUGGUGACAAGGUGGAAGUAGAGUUAAGAGACACAGAGCUACGUUUCUUUUCCCUCACUACUGAUAAACUGAAUGACACAGAAAAAAAACUGCAAGAAAAAUUCAAGGAAGUAAAGUUUGAUGUUCCUAACUUCUCGGCUGUGUCAUCUGAGCUUCGGGAAAAGCUUAAGUCCAAGACAAAUGAGCUCAACCAAAGGCAAUACAGGGCUCAGGUUGUGUUUGGGUCAAACAGCACAGUGUUCUUACUGGGCCACACCAAAGAGGUUGAAGAGCUGAGUGAAGCUGUCACACAGUUUAUUUUGGACCAGGCAAGCAUAGAAGGCAAAGUUGUUCUCCCUUUCCCAGAGUUGGAACAACUCUUACCAGAAUUGCUGCAGCUGAAUGGUUUUGAUUAUUCAGGGGUUACCUUCCAUCCCUUAACAUCUUCUUCUGGGCCCAUGGUGGUGCUGGAAGGUCCAUCAAGCAAAGUGACUGAGGUCAGGAACAGGCUGGGUCCAUUUCUGGACUCCCUUGUUAAGGACACCGUCACCAUUGACUUGCCUGGGGCAGUUAGGUAUUUUGUAAGUCCCUCUGGACGAGAAAACAUUUUAAGUGUUUCUCAUUCUCAGAAGUGUCUCCUAAAGGUUAAAGAACAACCUCACUUUACUAGACAGAAUUUGGCAUCUGGUGGCACAAUGGUUUCCAGCUACAGCCUUUGUGAUGGGCUCCAGGUGCUAGUGUGUCAGGGUGACAUCACCAAACAGGAUGCUGACGCUUUGGUGAAUGCUGCCAAUGAAGAUCUGGACCAUGGUGGAGGUGUUGCUGCUGCACUGAGUAAAGCAGGUGGACCUCAGGUGCAGAAGGAGAGCAGGGCUCUAGUAAAGCAGACUGGGAAAAUUCCUACAGGUGAUGUGGUAGUGACCACAGGGGGUAACUUAAACUGCAAGAAACUGCUGCAUGCUGUUGGGCCUGUAGGUGGAAAAUCAGGUGGCAAUGAAAGGGUAUUGCUGGAAAAAACUGUCCAGUCUGCUCUGAAUUUAGCAGAAAUGAUGGAGUUCAAAUCUAUAGCCAUGCCCUGUAUCAGCUCAGGUUUGUUUGGUGUUCCUGUCAAUGUGUGCUCUGAGGCUAUUGUAACUGCUGUCAAGAAGUUUGGCAGUGAGGGAGGGCGAAGUCUGAGCAGAAUCAUCCUGAUUGAUAACAGAGGAGAGGUGGUGAGGGCCAUGCAGGAAGCAUGUGAUCGGCUACUCCAAAGGAUCACUAGAGGAAACGUUACAGGUGAUUUGGGGUUCCAGAGGGGUGUUGCUGCUGAAGACUCUGCAAGAGGAGCCACUGCUGGACCUCCUGGAGAUGGCGUCCAUGUAGAGAUCAUUCAGGGAACCCUCGAGACCCAGCAGGUGGAUGGCCUGGUAUCCCCUAUGGCUAGCCAUGAUCCUCUUUCUACUCGUGUUGGAAACGCUUUGUCCAGCAUGGUUGGACCUCAGCUGACUGCAAAAUUUCAUAAGGAAGCAGGAGGAGCAACACUGCCUGGUGACACAAUCCUAGUGGAGGGCUUGUCUGGGCUUCCAUCUAAAGGAGUGUUCUUCCUCAAUCUCUUACCCUGGGAUAAUAAACAACAAGGAACUGCAGUCCAGGUUCUGAGACAGGGCAUCAAGAAACUUUUGGCUAGCUGUAGGAUCAGGGGAUAUAGUUCAGUCGCUCUCCCUGUUCUUGGGACCGGUGCUGUUCUUCGUUUUCCACACAGUGUGGUGUCCAAGGUUGUUCUGGAGGAGAUUUGUGGAUUUGAACAGAACUAUGCCAGCAGAACACCUUUCUUGGUCCGUAUUGUCGUCCACCCAAGUGACAAAGAAUCUAGCAAGGCCUUCCAGUCUGCCCAGGGAACUUUGCAUCUCAGAGGAUUCACAAAUGAUGUAAACCCAGACCAAGCUUCCUUUUACCGCCAUGUCUCUGUCACUAAUGAUGAGAUCACAGCCAAGCUGGGGGGAGUCAAGCUUCAAAUAGUCCUUUCUGACAUCAUUCAUGAGAACACUGAUGUCAUUGUCAAUACAACUGACUUCUCCAACAACCAACAAUCUGGUGUGUCCAAAGCCAUUCUGACCGCAGCAGGGGCUGCUCUCCAAGCAGAGUUUGCACAAGUGGGAAUUCCAGCAGACUACAUGUGCACCACAGGACCUGGGUUGCUUGGCUGCAGGGAAAUCAUUCAUGCUAGUUUUAAGUCUGACGCUCAGUUGAUUCAGAAAAAUUGCAAAAAGAUACUGCAGCAGUGUGAGAGCAAAGGCUACCACUCAGCAGCUUUCCCAGCUAUCAAUACUGGUGUGGCUGGUAUGGACUCUGUCAAAGCUUGUAAAGCCAUGCUGGAUGGCAUGACCUCAGCUAUUACAGACUUGAAACCAAAGUCCCUCUCACUCAUCCGCAUUGUCAUCUUGCAACAACCAGUCUUCCAGGUUUUCAGAUCAGUGUUGGAGAACCGCUUUGGACUACCAGCAACACGCCGCCUCAACUUGAAAGAAAGAGCCAAACAAAUACUCAAGAAGUGCCAAGACAAAUGUUCAAGGACCUCUACAACUUCAGCACCUCAAGGCAGAGCCCUCAUCUCCUUAAAGCCACUGCCAGCUGUGAUAAGUGUGAUUGGUCGUGGUCCAGACGUCAUCAGUACUAUCAAGAGAGAUUUGGAGGGGAUCCUGCAGAAGCAGCUAGUAGAGAGAGAGGUGGAUGUGCUUGAUUUCUCCAAGCUUGAUUCCAUGGAGCUGGAGGCAGUACAGGCAAAAGUGAAUGCCUUCGAAAUAAGCUUGGAGCAUAGGAGACGUCAAAGUACAGAAGGUGUGAAUGGCAACAGAGCAGGAAACACAGCUAGACCUGAAGCUAGAGAUCGGUCAGGGUCAAGAGGAGAUGUCUAUGUGCUGAAAGGCCUGAAGGAGGAUGUUUUGAGCGUCAUUGAGCUUCUAAACAGAGCAUUCCAAAAAGCACUUUGUGAAGACUUCCAAAAUAAAGAAGAAGCAAUGUUGGCUCUUAAUGUCCAGUGGUCGAUUCAGGAUGUAAAUGGAGUCUGGCAUGAGGUGAGCCUGCAUGACAACUACUUGCUGGAGGAGGCUCACAUGAGAAAAGAGGUGUCUGUCGAUAUUAAAGCACAAGACGGCACGAUGGUGAAAGUGAACUUGAGGGCACGAGAAGCCACAAAUUGGCAAACAGGCAUCACAUACAAAAUAAAAAGGAAUGACUCUGCUGCAACCAUAGAGUUGCCACCACAAUGGGAACCUAUGCACGAAGAAGUCUUUAAAAAGGUUGAGCUGCAACCUACCUCACCAGAAUAUCAGGCUGUAGCCCAGGGUUUCCUCAAAACGGCUAAAUACACCAUUCAUAAAAUUGAGCGAGUGCAAAACCUCUACCUGUGGAAUGCCUAUGCUGUGUGUAGGCAGCGAAUACUUGCCAAGAACGGUCCAGCAGACCUUGGGGAGAAGUCUCUCUACCAUGGCACAUCUGUAGAGUCAUGCGACUGUAUUGAAAGAGACAGAUUUGACAGGAGCUUCGCAGGAGCCCAUGCUGCUGCGUAUGGAAAGGGAGUUUACUUCGCAGUCAAUGCAGCCUAUUCAGCCAAUGGCUUUUCCCCAGCAGACGCUGCAGGCCUGAAGCGGCUGUAUGUUGCACUUGUCCUGACCGGCCGAUACACAGUCGGUAAUUCUUCCAUGAAAGCACCCCCUCCUCGAGGCUCAGACCGCACUGACUGCUUCGACAGUGUGGUGGACAACAAGCAACCGCCCUCCAUGUUCGUGAUCUUCCACGACGACCAGGCCUACCCUGAAUACCUCAUCACCUUCAACUGAAGAAGCCUGAGAAAAGAAAUGGUUCAGUACUGUGCACUUCUUAAACACUGGUGAUAACUUAGAACGUGCCUUAAAUUUAGACUUUGGGUCAAGGUUGAGUUUCAGGAGCAGGACCACACCUUAAUUAUCUCUCUUCUGGCACUCUCAUAAAUACCCUCUCCUCCCCUUUUGCUCUCACAUUCUAUGCCCCUCCCCCCACCCAUUUUCUAUGGGUUAUGUCUUACUCUCUCGAAGGCGCCUAGGGGGUCCAUCGUGCCCAGGGUGCCCACCGAAGCUUCUCCACACCGCAUCAACAUCCCAGAAACAGAUUCAAGUAUCAUACAUAUUUUUCGUCCGGUUAAUAAUAUUUUGUUAUGGUGUGGUCCUUGCUAGUGAAUCACUCCUUGAAAUUACAUAUAUAUUUUGUUCUGACUUCUGUAAUUCUUGUGAUAUAAAAAAAAAGCUGAAAAGCAGUCGGUGUAAAUGUUACUCCUAUUGAGCAGUUUAAUUUCGCAAAGAUUGUUCUUGUAGGCUUAUUUUCAUGUAUUUUAUCUCAUUGGUUAAUAGUCUUUUACACUGGUCUAUUUGUUUUGUUUAAAAAUCAUUUAGAUUUUUCAUGUUAGGCAUGAUAUUUUAAGACCUAGUUAUAAGUUUACAUAUUUAGCAGUGUGACUUCAGUAUACUGAUUUGAAUAUCUGUCUCUCGGUUUUGGGCUUUAUUCAUCCUGUUAACAUGUGUGAAAUAGUGACAUUCUGUAUUAUGUAAAAUAUUACGUAUAUAGGUGACACACAAUGUAUUCAAAAGUAAAAUCACCUUGUUUCCCUUAUUUCUGAUAUUUAAUAUCUAGGGGUGAAACCAUCUGUGCCAUGGUAAUUGAUUUAUCAGAAGUGGUCACACAUUAUUUUGGAAGUACAAUUAUGAUACUAGACUUCCGUAACAGAGUAUAUGGCUAAACAAUCUGCUUUAAGUGAGUUUCAAUUGAAAAAUGAAGAAUUUAUUUAACUAUACCAUGAAUAUUUUGUAACUCCAAAGUGAAGAUAUGUUGGACAUUAAAAUACAUUACACAAGAGUCAUUGUUACAUUACAAUUGAUACACCUUUAAUAAUGUAAUAAAAUCUAAUAAAAAAUAAUGAUUUGUGA